GUGCGACUGGGGUGCGUAGGUCGUAACCCUAAAAUCAGAACCAGUGGCACUGACACGAAAAAAUAUCUUUUCCUCUCGAUCGAAUUCACUCACUCAUUCUUUCAUUUCCCUCUCAGCGCGCUUGCUUCUCUUUCACAGUCACAGCUAAUGGCGGAGGAAGAAGUUGCGGCACCCGCUGCCAGCCCCGUUCCCCCUGAUAACAAACGCAAGCUCGAAGAUCUGCAACCCGAAAACGCCGAAUCUAAUGCCAACUCCAUCUCCGACGCCGUGAACGCCGAUGACGCCGCCGUUUCCGCCGAGACCGAGAACAAGCGUCUCCGCCUCGACGACCACCAGGAUGGCCUCGCUAAUACAAAUGGGCAUCAAGAUGAGCAGGUUGCUGAGCCAGGAAAAGAGACAGAGGAAAGAUCCGCUCUGGAGAAUGUCACUCCCGAGCAUGAUCAAACUAUAUCCGAAUAUCCUUCUUUGGAGGCAACUGCUAAUGAACAAACAUCAGCUGAGAUUAGCGAGCCAGCUGAUUCCAAAGAACCUCCUGUAGAGGACUCUGGACAAGAAAAUGCAGAGGAGCCUUCUAAAGAAACUCAACAACAAUCUAAGGAUUCAACCGAGCAAGAUGCUUCUUCUGGCGACAAGCAACCCAAUUCAGUUGACACUGCUUUGCACAAUGUGGAAGUUCCCUAUAAUAAGCAAGAUACUUCUUCUGGGCAAAAGCAACCAACAUCUGGGGAUGAAAUAACUACACGGAAAAUUGAGGUUCCUAACAACAAGGUUGGUGUACUUAUUGGCAAGGCUGGAGAUACUAUACGAUACCUGCAGUAUAAUUCAGGUGCAAAGAUUCAGAUCACGAGGGAUGCUGAUGCUGAUCCUCUCUGUGCAACAAGGUCUGUGGAAUUGAUAGGAAGUUUGGAAAGUAUUGAUAAGGCAGAAAAACUAAUGAAUGCUGUGAUUGCAGAGGCUGAUGCUGGGGGUUCUCCUUCACUUGUAGCUCGAGGCCUCUCCCCUGCUCAAGCUACUGUGGGAUCUGAACAAAUUCAGAUACAAGUUCCAAAUGAAAAGGUUGGAUUAAUCAUAGGGAGAAGUGGGGAAACAAUUAAAAGCCUGCAGACCAAAUCCGGGGCGCGCAUCCAGGUAUUGAUACCUCAACAUCUUCCAGAAGGGGAUGAUUCCAAAGAAAGGACUGUCCAAGUUACUGGUGAUAAGAGGCAAAUUCAAAUUGCACAAGAAUUGAUAAAGGAAGUUAUGAAUCAGCCUGUCAGGCCUUCAUCUGGUGGCUUUGGUCAGCAGGCCCAUCACCCACCCCGUGGUGGAUCUGGUGGCCCACCCCAAUGGGGUCAGCGGGGCUCUCAUUUUGGCCACCCAACAGCAUAUGAUUACCAGCAUCGCGGGCCGUUUCCUGCUCACAAUCAACCAUAUGCUCCUGCACCAUAUGGAAACUAUCCUCAACAUAUGACUCCAAGAAGCAGCUUUGGUUCUGGUUGGGAGCAAAGGCCUCACCACAGCUUUCAAGGGCCACCCCCACACAAUGGUGGUUAUGAGUAUUAUGGAGGACAUGGGGGUCAUUUAUCCGAUGCUCCACCAUCCACACAGCUUCCCAGUUCAGCCCCCCCAUAUGGUGCUGGUCCUUCCCCUGUACCUUCUAUGGGACCAACCCCAGCUCAGGUGAAUUACAACUAUGGACAGCCACAAGGCCAGGAUUAUGGUCAUCAGACAACUUAUUCUCAGGCAGGACUUCCCCAACAAGGUUAUGGACAGGGAUAUGAUGAGUCAAAGUAUGAAAAUCGUGCUCCUACUCAACAUUCUUAUGGAGGACAUGUAAAUUCUCAAUCGACCUACCCUCAGGCUGGUGCUCAGCCUAAUUACCCUGCACCGCAGCAGUUUGGCAAGCCACCAUUAUAUGGCAUGCCAUCGGGACAGCCUCCACAAUCUUAUGGUCCCCCUAGAGCUACUCAACCAGGGGAUAUGCCAUAUCAAGGUUCCACUCCUGCCCAGUCAUAUGGCACGAAUAUGCCAACACAACAACCAUACCCAUAUGCAGUAUCUGGGCCAUCACAAACAGCAUAUCCAAGUUAUGGGUCUGCACCAGCUACAGAUGGCUAUAGUCACCCACCACCUGCAUCUUUCCCACCUUAUACCCAGCCUGCUGCACAACCCACUUAUGGUCAGCCAGCUGCCCAGCCUGCAGCCAGUUAUACGCAGGUUGGUCCCACUGGUUAUGGAUCAUCAUACCCAUCUUUACAGCCAAGUUACCCUGAGCAGCCGGCUCCCAACAACGCAGUUUAUGGCUACCAAGCACCCCAAGAUCCUGGUUAUAGCACUGGUGCUGCACCAGCAUAUAGUACAGCACAACCAAGUGGGCAGCCAGGUUAUGUUCAACCCACUCCCACUCAAACUGGUUAUGAACAGUCUAACACGCAACCAGCUGGUUAUGCAGCUGUCCCGGCAAGUGCUCCGGCUGCGUAUGGCAAAACAUUGUCGCCCCAGCCUGCUGCUUAUCCCCAAUACGACUCAACCCAAGUUUAUGGUGCUCCUCGAUGAUAUUUUUAUGUGUUAACCAAAUCUUAGUAUUAGCAUGCUCUAAUUUGAUGGCUCCUUUCGGUGUAACCGGUACUGCUUCAUCAAAAUAUAAUUUUUCUUAGCACGAGUGCUCUGAUGUUACGAUUUCUUGAAAAUCAAAGUUCACUUGGCCUGUUGUUUCCUCGAAGGAUUGUAAAGAAAAAUUAAUCGAUAUUAUGAAGCCUUAUUUUCUCAUUUGAGCUUUGCUGGGAGUAACUGGACGUGAGUUGGACUACCAUUUGUUUUGAAUAUAGUGCUUCCAGCCAAAUAUUCAUCAGUUAUUUUCAA